AAUCCAGAAAACUCUUAAAUCACUUUGAAAAAAUAGUAGAACAGAGCAAUGAUGGCUGGCCACAUAGGGUUUAGAUCCUUCUUAAUAUUGCUUGUAAUUUUGGUAGUAAGUUUCGCUGAUAACUUACAACGUCAGAAUAAUAACUCUCAAAAAGCCUCGAAAUGGAAUUUUAUAAAUAAAACACAGUUAAAGGAAUGCCCCGAUGGCAUAAAACCCCUAAAGAAUGUGGACAAAAACAGGCUUUUGGGUGUUUGGUUUGCCUACGCCACAACUUCAAUAGACAAGUCCUUCUAUCGGCGGCGCUGUGCUUCCUAUAAUGUGCAAAAUAGUCCCUAUUUCAAUACCAACAUCAUUUUUACGGACUAUGAAAAUCUUGUGAUAACUUAUUCCUGUAUUUACAAUCCUAAAACCAAGCUGAAUGAAGUUAAGUUGAGAGUUCUAACUCGCACCAGAACCCCGAUGUUAAGUGUCCUGCCAAUUGCCGGUACCUUUCUCCACUCAAUUGAUUUUCCGAUGAGCAAAUUGGUAUUUCUGGAUGCUGUGGCCUAUUGCUUCGAAUGGUAUGUAUUGAAAUACCAUCAGAGGCCAAGACCGGGUCAAUAUGCGGUGCCCAUGAACCCUUUUUUCGAACAUUGAUGAUGACAUCUCGAAUUAAUUGCAUAACUAUCGCUAAUUAUUACAACAUAAUUAACAUCAGCAGAGAGAGAAAGGAGGAAAUCGUAUAACUUAAUUAGCUGAGGCGAAGUCGGGAGGUCCUGGCCAAAAUCAAUUACGAGCGACAGUUUUACUCAAUUGAUUGAACCCCAGCCCUCUCAAGGAGCCCUCAAUUGUCCUGAUUCCCGUGUCCUUGUUCCCAAAAAAAAAACCCCAUACACAAGGCGGCACUUGGGGAAAAUCUGAUUGGAUUUACUGGAAUAAAAUUAAGAAACACGUUAUUUUUUCAGAGAUAAUAAAAGGAUGAUUGUGUUUUAUGAAAUAUAA